AUGAUGAAGACUCUUCUACUUCUCCUCGCUCUGGUUUCUGUCUCAUAUGGUUUCGCUUUGGGAAUUGGUGUUCCACUCGGAGAAAAGGAUGUCGCUUUGCCAAUUUCCAGUGAAGAAGUGAAGGCAUUCACAAGAACUUUGAAGAACGGACAGAAACAAGUCUGGAAUUUGUCUGGACCAAACAAGGGAACAUGGGUCGAUUCGAAAGGAAAGAAGGUCCCAUCUACCAACUUUGUCUUCAAGGCACCAGGAACUCUUAUCAUCAAGAAACUCUCUAAUGAUGACGCCGGAGUAUAUGACUACGAGCCACUCAAGGUCAUCAAGGAAGAGAAGCUCCCACCAGGUGUCCACGUUGAUCCCCAUCAAAGAGGAAUCGAACUUAGUGUUAUUGGAAAACUCUAA